AUGUGCGCCGGGUGUGGCACUCAGCAUCCUCCAUGGCCACAAGCGAACACCACCCCACACCACCGCAGGGAAUUCGACUCCGAAGCCUCUGACGCAUCGAACACACUGUGCGAUUACUCCGAUGGACAGUUGACGUACGAUUCAACGAUCAGAUCCCCGCGUUACGAUAACACUUGUAAAGAGAUAUACAAAGGUUGGAAUUGCAUUAGCAGUAACAAAGCUAAUGCACUUGAUAUUGUCAAGUGGCGUCGCAAGCCCAAUCACUGUGAUCUUCCACAAUUUGAGCCUCUUCGGUUCCUCGAGAAAUACAGAGACAUCAGUAUUGGGUUUGUGGGUGACUCCUUAAAUAGGAACAUGUUUGUUGCACUUUUCUGCACUUUGAAACGUGUGCCAGGUGACGUGAGAAAGUGGCGUCCUGCUGGAGCUGAUCGAGGAUUGACCUUUUCUCCAGUACAACCUUACUAUUGCUUAUCAUCGCACAAAUCUUUUGCCAAUCCAAACGGUGGUAUCUUAGAAUCUCUUGGAUACAAGGAGGGUUAUAGAGUUGAUGUUGAUACACCAGAAGGACCUUGGGUAGAGGCUGCGAGUUUCCACGAUAUUCUCAUCUUUAACACUGGACACUGGUGGUGGGCUCCUUCAAAGUUUGACCCUGUAAAAUUACCCAUGCUUUUCUUUGAAAAGGGUUGCCCAGUGGUGCCUACAAUACCACCUGAUGCUGGCCUUGAUAUGGUUUUAAAGCACAUGGGUGAGGAACUUUUCUCUUUGACAAAUAAUGGAACAUAUGUGGAGGCACGCCAUGUGAACCAGCACCUGUACAUGGCUCUUCAUGGUUCUGGUUUCCAUACAUUGGAAUAA